GAGCCCGUUUGGAAGGCGCUGUUUCCACCCGCGCGGGGUUCCAGCGCGCUGUGUGCCCGUGACAGAGCCAGCGGCCGGGCUGGCCCUAGCAGCCGGGAAGGGACUGGCCGGGCGUCCGGCCUGGGUAGCGCUAGGAGCCGCCUAUUGUUCGCUGCGGUGCAGGCUCCUGGGAGCGGCUGCUGAGCCCGGAGGGGGCGCCGCGGGCACAGGAUGUCGGUGGCGGGGCUGAAGAAGCAGUUCCACAAGGCCAGCCAGCUUCUAGCCUCACCUUAUAUCGUGUGCAAGCCCAUUGACUUCGUUCUGAUUUCAGAUGGUUUGUUCAGUGAAAAAAUUAGUGGAGCAGAAGGAACAAAACUAGAUGAAGAUUUUCAAGAGAUGGAAAGGAAAAUUGAUGUCACCAGCAAAGCUGUAGCAGAGCUUCUGUCAAAAUCCACAGAGUAUCUUCAGCCAAAUCCCGCAUACAGAGCCAAGCUGGGAAUGCUGAACACUAUGUCGAAGAUCAGGGGACAAGUUAAAACCACAGGAUAUCCCCAGACAGAAGGGUUAUUAGGGGAUUGUAUGCUACGGUAUGGCAGAGAACUUGGGGAGGAUUCUACGUUUGGCAAUGCACUGCUGGAUGUUGGUGAAAGCAUGAAGCAGAUGGCAGAGGUGAAGGACUCUCUCGAUAUUAACGUCAAGCAAAACUUCAUUGAUCCUCUACAGUUAUUACAGGACAAAGACUUAAAAGAGAUUGGGCAUCAUCUGAAGAAACUAGAAGGCCGUCGUUUGGAUUAUGACUAUAAAAAGAAGCGUUUAGGGAAGAUCCCAGAUGAAGAAGUUAAACAAGCAGUAGAAAAAUUUGAAGAGUCAAAGGAGCUGGCAGAAAGAAGCAUGUUCAACUUUUUAGAAAAUGAUGUAGAGCAAGUUAGCCAGUUGGCAGUAUUUAUAGAAGCAGCAUUAGACUACCAUAAACAGUCCACAGAAAUUCUGGAGGAACUGCAGAGCACACUGCAAAACCGAAUAAAUGGAGCAUCUAGUCGUCCUAAGCAUGAAUUCAAGCCAAAACCUGUAAUAACUUCAGCUCUGGAAAUCAGUGAUAAUCAACAACACAAUGGGAUUUCAUACAUUUCUUCAAUAAAAUCAUCAGGUUCUUCAGUGCACAUGGAUCAGCCUUGCUGCCAAGCUCUGUAUGACUUUGAGCCAGAAAAUGAAGGCGAGCUGGGGUUUAAGGAAGGCGACAUCAUUACUUUGACCAAUCAAAUUGAUGAGAAUUGGUACGAAGGGAUGUUAAAUGGAGAGUCUGGCUUCUUCCCCAUUAAUUAUGUCGAAGUGAUGGUACCUUUGCCUCAGUGAACACCUAAUUCAAACCGUGAACAUAAUUUCAUGAUUGAAAUGGAUUCACAAUUGUUUAAUCAAUGUGGCAUUCUGUGAAAGCCUUGCUAUUUGACUGACAGAUUUUUGUAUGCAUCUUUUUUAAAUGUAUUUAUUUUGUAUUCCUUUAGUUUGUAUACAAAAAAAACCAAAAACCCCCAACCCUUCCUCGGCUACGUGAAAAUGCAAAAAAACCAACCUCCACUUUUUUUUGCUUUUGUGCCUGGAAGAUUACUGUCUGAGGUGUUUACUGGUAGCUCACUGUUGCUCCAAAAAUAUAUUCCUUUGCUCUUACUGUAUGUGGAGCCUUUUUAAAAUAAUCCUCUGGCUGCAAUGAUUUUACUGUCGAAAACUAAUUGUAACCAGUUAAGAAUUACUGAUGUCACUAAGCCUUUUUCAUCCAUCGCAAUGUAAUUUACUGUGAUUAACCUAAUCUGUGCUUCACAUUGAAUGUUGACAAAAGGCUAAGAUGUUCGUGUACUAAGUACAAAGACUUAAUUGAAUAUUCCUCUAAUUUACUGACUAUACUUAAUAAAUAUUACUGUGGGGAAAGUGUAAAGACUGCUGUUUAUAC